AUGGCUCCUCUGUGGCCCUUCAUCCUGGUGGCUGCGUCAGGAAUCCUAGCCAUAGAUACACCUCAUCCCAGGAAUUCUGCUCUGUACCAUCUCACCAAGCAGCUACUGCAGAGGUAUCAGAAGGACGUGAGACCAGUUCACGACUGGACGGAGGCCACCACUGUCUACCUGGACGUGUUUGUCCGUGCGGUCCUGGAUGUGGAUGCACAGAACCAAAAAUUAAAGACAAAUGUCUGGUACAGUGAGGUUUGGAAUGAUGAAUUUUUAUCAUGGAACUCCAGCAUGUUUGAUGAUAUUAGCCAGAUCUCCCUACCUCUAAGUGCCAUCUGGGCCCCUGAUAUCAUCAUUAAUGAAUUCGUGGACAUUGAAAGACUCCCUGAACUUCACUAUGUGUAUGUGAACUCAUCCGGGACCAUUAGGAACUCUAAGUCCAUCCAGGUGGUCUCUGCCUGCAGUUUAGAGACAUACGCUUUUCCAUUUGAUAUCCAGAAUUGCAGCCUAACCUUCAACAGCAUUCUGCACACAGUCCAGGACAUCAACAUCUCCCUUUGGCGCCCGCCAGAAAAGGUGAAGUUCGACAAGAGCGUCUUCAUGAACCAGGGCGAGUGGGAGCUUCUGGGGGUGCUGACCCAGUUUCGGGAGUUCAGCAUGGAAAGCAGCAGCUGUUAUGCAGAAAUGAAGUUCUACGUGGUCAUCCGCCGGCGGCCCCUAUUCUAUGCGGUCAGCCUGCUGCUGCCCAGUAUCUUCCUCAUGGUCAUGGACAUUGUGGGCUUUUACCUGCCCCCAGAGAGUGGUGAGAGGGUCUCCUUCAAGAUCACACUCCUUCUGGGCUACUCUGUCUUCCUGAUCAUUGUGUCCGACACGCUGCCAGCCACCGCCAUCGGCACUCCCCUCAUUGGUGUCUACUUUGUCGUGUGCAUGGCUCUGCUGGUCAUCAGCUUGGCUGAGACGAUCCUCAUCGUGCGGCUGGUGCACAAGCAAGACCUGCAGCAGCCGGUGCCUGCCUGGCUGCGGCGCCUGGUUCUCGAGCGAAUCGCCCUGCUGCUUUGCCUGGGGGAGCAGCCAACCUCCCAUCGGUGCCCAGCUGCCUCCCAAACCAGCAAGACUGAUGACUGCUCAGACAUGGGGAACCACUGCGGCCAUUUGGGAGGACCCAGGGACUUGGACAAGACCCCGAGGGGCAAAGACAGCCCGCCCCCACCGCCGCGGGAGGCCUCCCUGGCCAUGCGCGGGCUGCUGCAGGAGCUGGCCUCCAUCCGGCACUUCCUGGAGAAGCGGGAGGAGAGCCGAGAGGUGGCCCGGGACUGGCUGCGCGUGGGCUCCGUGCUGGACAGGCUGCUGUUCCGCAUCUACCUGCUGGCGGUGCUAGCCUACAGUGUCACCCUGGUCACACUCUGGUCCAUCUGGCAGUAUUCCUGAGGAGUCCAGCCGAGCGAGGGUGGGGGGACUUCAGGGUCCAGGGGGUGCCGGUCACAUAUACAGCUCCAUCCCUGGUUCCAAUGCCAAUUUAUCUCAGCAAUCCCCAAGCAGGGCCUUCACUCUUCUCCCAAAAUCUUGGCGUCCAAGAUCCUUACAUCCCCCCUGUCCCAACCUGCCAUGAUGGCUUUGAAACAUGUUGUCUUAUAUCAGAAGAAAUCCAUGCAUUUCCCAACUUCACUCUAUAUCUAUGCAGUAAGCCUCAGUUUCCCCACUGGCACACCCCCCACCCCUAAAUAAGGCACUUUGGAAUUCUGCUCAUCUCCCUCAGCCUUGUUUUUGAGAUUGAAGGCCAGCCAACUCUCAAAUAUAUGGGCUUGAUAACUGCUUUAGGUUUAUCCAACACUAACGUCUCCUUCUUCACCUCACCUGUGACCACUUCCCUGAACACUCACGUUUCAUCAGAUGGUGGGGGUGGGGGUAAUAAAAUGCGACA